CUCCGUAGAGAACGCAUUUAUCCUCAAUAUGGCCGCGGAAUGGUGGUAGUCUGUUGUUGUACCAGUUAGCACAGAUUGGACCAAAAAACGACUUACGUUGCUAUUUUAACCACUCACAGGUCACUUUAAGGGUGACUACAGCUAACUAUUUGACGGUGGUGUACAUUAAUGCGAAACAAUGAGUUACACCACGAAGGUAGUCCAGGUGACGAACGUCUCGCCGAGCACGACGUCGGAGCAAAUGAGAACGCUUUUCGGCUUCCUUGGAACCAUCGAAGAACUAAAAUUAUUUCCCCCAGAUGAUUCUCCUAUGCCUGUGACGUCUCGCGUGUGUUUUGUGAAGUUCCAGGAACCAGAGUCUGUUGGCGUGUCCCAACAUCUGACCAACACCGUAUUUGUGGACCGAGCACUGAUCGUGGUCCCGUUUGCCGAAGGAUCCAUCCCGGAUGAGGCCAAAGCGUUAUCCUUGCUGGCGCCGGCCAAUGCCGUUGCGGGUAUCCUGCCCGGAGGUGGACUUCUCCCUACACCAAACCCCAUGCCCAAUCCUGCCAUUGGCGCCAACCCGUUUGCUGGACUCAAUAUGGAUGCGAUGGCUGCGUUUGGAUUCCCUGGACCUAACAUGAAUCCCCAGGCUGCCGACCAGCUGCUGAAGCUCAUGACGGAUCCUCAGCUCAAUCCGUUGGCGGCCGGCUUGAACUUGAGCGCUGGCCUCAAAGCGGACGCCGCCAAUAAGGAAAUGGAAGAAGCUAUGAAGAGAGUGCGAGAGGCGCAGUCGCUCAUUUCUGCUGCCAUAGAACCCGGAAAUGAUAGCCGGAAGAAGCGCUCCCGGUCCCGAUCCAGGAGGAGGCGCUCCCGAUCCAGGUCGAGGCGCAGGCGAAGCGGCAGCAGGUCCAGGCGGCGCUCCGUCUCCAGAAGCAGGCGGCGCUCCAAAAGCCCUCGAAGGAGGCGCAGCCGCUCCAGAGACAGAGGGAGGCGCUCCAGGAGCAGAUCCAGAGAUCGUAAGAAGGAAGAUACGGUGAGGAGGAGGUCCAAAACCCCACCCAAGAGUUACAGCACUACUAGGAGGUCUCGCAGUGUAAGCAGGAGACGCAGGAGGAGUCGCAGUGCCAGCCGCUCCCCCAAGAAGUCACCCAAGAAGAGGAGUUCCAGAACUCCGUCUCCUCGCAGGCACAAAAAGGAGAAAAAGCGCGACAAGGAGCGAGAGCGCCGUAGCGACAAAGACAGGGGACGAGAAGAGAGGGAGCGCUCCACCAGCAAAAAGAAGAGAAGCAGAGACAAGGAGAGGGAAAGGGACCGGGACAGGAAGUCUGAUGGACUAGACAAGGGAGAUACCAAGAUCACGAGGGAUUACGAUGAAGAGGAGCAGGGCUACGACAGCGAGAAGGAGCGGCAGGAAAGAAAGGCGUCCGACUACUCGGACUCCGAAUAUCCGCCCCAAUUCGCCGAAGGCAACGGCGACUCGCAGCAGGCCAAUGGCGACGAUGAAGACGCCGACGCUCGCGAGGAUGACAUGGACGUCAGCGACUGAGCCGCGCCAUCCUCCGAUCCGUCCCACGCGGUCCAUCCGAAUGUGAAUAGUGCUAUGAAGAAAAUGGGUAAAAAAAAAAAAAAAAAAAAUCUCUCCCCAUCGUGAUUUGCUUCACUUUCACAGGUCAUAUAUAGCGCGUUGAUGCUUGUCACAUUUAAACUGGAAGUCCACGUUGGAUUUGUUUUUUUUUCCCCCUGACAUAACGCUGUAAUUCACAUGCAAUGUUUUCGCUAGCCUCUCCCUCAUCCUUGUUAGUGUCUUGUUAUUCGGUAAUAUUUUUUUUUGUCAAUUAUUUCUUUUAUAUAAAUAAAAUGUCUGGUAUAAAUGA